AUGGCCAGUCUCUCAGCUCAAAUGGACAUGGACACCGUCAAUCGCGCCGAUGGAUGGAAAAUCGAACAGGGAAUGGCUGGCGACAAAAGCUCCCGGUGCUGGAUCAAAGAAGCUAUUGCAGCUGUUGGUGACCGUGGCAAGCUGUUUGCUCGAGAGAGCGGCUGGAAAGGAUAUGUUGAAUGGGAAAAGUACCCUGAGAAAAAGGCCCAAGCACAGACAAUUGACAUCCCAAACCUUCAACUAGGGAGUCUUAUUUUCUUUUCCAUUUUCCAGAAAAAAAAUAUUAUCUUUUUAGAGGAUAUUUUUAUAUAA